UGAAAAUAAUUAUACAGAGCAAGGUCUUUUUGACACCCAAAACGAUCAUCAUGGUGAUAGUCGUACUAUGGUUCCACAAGCAGGUGCAGUUGUAGAAGUUGUUGAUGCUGAUACCCCGAUAGAUCUUGGUGGAAACAGCCAAGUUAUGAUCUCACAAAACGGCGAAGUCGUAGAGGUAAGCGUGGUAACAACAAUGGAAUCUCAGGAUGACAAUCAAGCUGCACAAACAGAAAAAGAGAAUAAAGCUGAUGACACCCCAGCAUCACCCUUGGGAUUUACGUUGACCUUUGACACUGUCAAUCAGACACUACCAAAGUUUCAACCAAGCGAAGGAAAACUCACCAAAGAGGUUAACUUUCUCAAUUCCUACGGAGAGAUUGACCGUGUUCCAUGUUUCCAUCUCAGCGAUGAGCCACCAUCUUUGGAACAGUUGUCGAGUAUUGGCGAAGAUGUCUUCCUCCCCUCUACUGGAGAUAUUGAUAUGCUCAGGUAUGAGUAUGAAGUGAUGAUAUCCCGAAUACUCUGCAAUCACAUUCCUUGUUUCAAGGACAUGUGCAUCAUGGAACAGAUACCACACCCGUAUCUUGAAGAGAUGAAGAAGAAAAGUAUCUUGGUACCUUUGGGAGUUCUUGAGAAAGAUGAAACCAAACUUUCAGAGAUGAUAGACGCAUUGGACCAUUGGCACAAAUACGUUCCUGGACAGAAGUCACCUAUCCCCAUGGUUCUCUAUGGUAGUGCACAGUCCUGUGACAGAGUCAGAGAUGCCAUCGGAGCCCGAAGGAAUGCGGAUACACCUUGGAGUAGACUAAGUGGGUUAAUGCCAUCCGCACAGGAGUGGCACAAGCGGAAACUGUUGCUUGAGGACACAUAUAAGCUUCUCUAUGAUGCAAAGAGUGUCAAAUCAUGUGGAAGUUUAUCGUAUGUCCGGGACACGUACAUGCGUACUUAUGCAACAGCGAAAGUCGAUGUGUCUUUCGAGCCCUUGACCAACCUUCUGAGGUUCACAACAGAAGCAUACGUGUUGGCUGCAGCAUGUGAAUACAUGGGCAUACAGAAGCUGAGUGAUACCCCUAAAGAUCUGCCAGAAGACCCAGAUGAUUUGUCAUCCUAUUUCAGUAACACAUGUAAAUAUGUGCUGGAGAUGUCUUUCCAUCCUUACCAGAUAGGGGAUUCUGCCAAGGGAAUCAAAACCUUGAACCAAGGGGAUGCUAUGGAGCUUGAUGAGGAUGAAGGCCCUUUCUGCGUAUGCAAAGAAACAAAAAGAAAAGGGAGAAUGAUAAGAUGUGCAUAUGAAAGCUGUGAGAAGGGGAAAUGGUUCCACCAUGAGUGCAUGCGGCUGAAGCAAUCUAAGAUCCCCAAAGGUGACUGGUUUUGCAGCAUCAGAUGUCGGCGGCAGCAUCAACAGAAGGGUGGAGGCGAACAGGAGAGACCGAAGGAUGAUGUGGACUCAAAAUACGAAUAUUCCAAAGCUCUGCUCCAUCUUGGACUCGGUGAGAUGGUACGUCAUGAUGCGAUACGAGAAGGAGACGGUAAUCGCAUGAUCCAACAUUGGCUUCUUGAUCUUCCACACUUCUUUGACAAACACCACUCAAAGUACUUCAGUGAAGGACACCAGCUUCUCAUGAAUGUUAACGGGGGAGUGUCGGACAGGCUAGCGUACCAAAUGAAAUGGAAUCGGACGGUGAAUGUGUAUGGUGGUGAAGGAAACAAUGUUGGAAAGGAUUAUGGAAUGGAGAGUAUGAAUAAAGACUUCAUGAGUGUACUGAGAGAUACAUCAUCAAACUUCAGCAAGGAUCUCGUAAUCUCACGUUACAGUCAAGUAGUGGUUAUGGAGGAAACAGUGAAUAGGUCUUUCGAUAUUAAGGUUACAGGAAGACCGACGCCCACUGCACCGGAUGCUGCUCACAUAAAAGCAUCCGAUACUGUAGAUUUGGCUGAACUCCUAGUCAAGAAUAGGUGCUUGGUGAAUGUGCCUGGAAGAUCACAUACAGGAUUCGAAGACUUCAAGUUUCAACAAAGAGUUGAUCUGGAGAGGUAUAGGGCCAAGAUAUCAGCCUUGAAAGAGAAAAGACUAAAACAGGCUAAAUUUGCAAAACUAAUGGAAUAAGAUUUAUGACAGAUGUUAAGUGUGGUAAUACACCUGUAAAUACCAUCUAUCAAUAUACAUCAAACUCUGAAUCUUGCAAUCUGGCCACAUUUGUGUGCUGCCAUUCAUGUUAGAUUUUAUCAUAUGCACAUAUUUGACCUACAACCUACACACAUUUGAUUUAAUUGCCAAAUAAGAUUGAGGUUGCUCUAUAGCAUUUUACGACACCUCAAAAAUAUCUUAUUUUCUUUGUACACAAACAUGUUGCCAAGUUUUGUUGCAAUAUGUACAGACAAGUGUAAGUGAUAUUUCAUUUUACUCACAUAAACUUCUUGUCAAAUUCACCUAUAAAACAUGUGUGCAUAUUUGUUUUUGCGUUUGGUUUGAUUUAUCAUGGCUUGUGAGAUCUGGUCGGUGCUUCAUAAAUGUGUUACAACUGGUGACCCUUUAGAACCGUAUGCAAAUGGAAAUCUGAUGUGUAUUACAAUAUACCAAAAGAAAGGAUCACCAUGACCAGUCGUUUGUACAGUCUCUCCCCCUUGGGGGGCAUUUCAUAAAGCUGUUCGUAAGUUAAGAGCGACUUUAAGAAUGACUGGCGAUCCAUUCUUACAUGCGAAACCAUAGCCAAUGAAUACCAUUUACCAUAAAGGAUCACCAGUCGUUCUUGAAGUCGCUCUUAACUUAUGAACAUCUUUUUGAAAAACCCCCCUGUAUUGAUCAUUAUCUGCAAGAACAGCGUCGCGUCGACUGAAUCAGCUACUCAAUUAUGUACUGUAUAGUGCGGAUCUGCUUUUCAUGUUUUCCACGUCUCCUGCAAGUAAUGGAGCAUGCAAUGAAGGCCUGUCCUUUCUCUUGCUUUGCCUUGUUCAUUUUUAGAAAUUUCUUCAAUCAUUGAAAUAGGUCUUCUAGUCUUACCCACUUGCUUGCCACUCAUAUAUCCUGUCUUUUGGUAGAUCUGCCUUCACAAGUCAUGAAAUAAUAACAUUACUAUAAAUUCAUUGUGCCUUAUGUCUGUCCUUGUUGCAGUCUGCUAAAGUUGCUGAACUCUAUGCUUUCUUUUUAAUCUAGUGGACAUGGAUGCUGUUAAGAUUUGGAAGAAUGCUCCGAUGUACUAGGGAUAGUGAAUUGUAUUGCAUUUUCCGUUUCUGAAAAUCUGUAAUUCCAUUUCAACUUGAUCUAAAAAUGGAAAUUUUGUUUUGUCACUGACAUUGUACACAGCAAAAACCUGAAUUCCGUUUUGCAAAGAUGAAUUCCAUGAAUUUUACAUGAAAAGUAUAAGAACCAAAUGGAAUUUCCGUGUUAUUUACCAGUAAAACAGAAAAUAACUGUCCCUACGUAGCACUGUCUCUAGUACUGUUUACACAUAAUCACUUCUUAAUGAGAUUCAUUGAAAUACUUUAUCAGUCAGAAGUUUAGAAGAGUGCAUUUGUCCUUACCUCCAUGCGGAUCAUAUAUCAAUGAUCAAUAACAAGGUUAUGGGGUGAUGAUAUUCAGUAUGUUGUUGGUAAAGUGACUUUGAGGAGUAAAAU